AUGUUUGGCGUGGACAUGAUCCCACAUCUUAGUAAGACUGGACCUGCACUUGACCUUUUUAAAGCUAAAUUCGAGGUUGUUAUGGAUGAAGCAAGAUCUGAACAAGCUGCAUCCAUGACUGAAUUUCAUUGGCUAGGGCAUAAAUUUCCAAUAUCAAAUGCCAAAACUCGCGUUUCCAUUUUGAAAGCUAUAGGUGCUGUAUUAGGGCAACGUACCGUUGAACGCAACCAACUGUUUGUUAGUAUUGCAAAGAGUAAAAGAUAA